AUGGCAGCCACAGUACAGCUGAGCAACGAAUCCAUCGCUGUCCCACACCCCUACUAUCCGCAGACAAUUCACCUGCCUCACUAUGUACGGAACGAGACCUCGGUGUUCUCCUUGAUUGCUCAGUUUGGCUUUUUAUGGACUGCUGUGAUUGGAUUAGCGUUUGUUUUCAUACGCCGCAUUCGACCAACAGCCAGUCGAUCCGAUCAGGUUGCUUUUACUUGGAUGUGUUUGACCGGCUUCAUCCACCUGUUCUUCGAAGCAUACUUCGUCGUCAACCAUGAAACCCUCGCAAGCUCCCAGGGGCUAUUCGGUCAACUGUGGAAAGAGUAUUCCCUUUCUGAUUCGCGGUAUUUAACGUCCGAUGCCUUCGUGGUUUGUAUGGAGGCUAUUACUGCUUUUGCUUGGGGUUUCCUCGCCUUCUACAUCGCCUAUUGCAUCGCAGUCGAACAUCCUGCCCGAUAUGCCCUACAGCUCAUUAUCUCCGUAGGUCAGGUCUACGGAGACAUUCUUUACUACGCGACAAGUCUGCUUGAUGUGUCGUAUUGUCGGCCGGAGGGAUAUUACUUCUGGUUUUAUUACUUUUUCUUCAAUUUCAUCUGGAUGGUUGUUGGGUGCUGUGAGUAUUGCCCUUCAUUACGACUAACGUCUAAGUCAAUACUGACUGGACUAGAUUAUAUCAAGCAAAGCGUUGUGGAGAUUUCCAGGGCGUUUGGGAGACUUGCGGAGGGUGACGCUUUGCGGAAAGCCAAAUAA